AUGGGGGACUUUGAUGGUGAGCAAAAAGAAUUGAUCAAGAAAUUGGUAAACUUUCGCAUGAUCGAUGGUAAAAGAACGGGAGUUCGUGCUAUUGUUUAUAAAACUUUUCACCGCCUAGCUCGAACUGAACGCAAUGUAAUAAAACUUAUGGUUGACGCCGUAGAUAAUAUAAAACCAAUAUGUGAAGUGGUCAAAGUAGGAGUCGCAGGUACUAUUUAUGAUGUUCCUGGGAUUGUAGCCAGGGAUCGUCAUAAAACCUUAGCUAUUCGUUGGAUCCUUGGAGCAGCUUUCAAACAACGUAUAAGCUACAUGAUAAUCUUAGAGAAAUGUUAA